GCUGCUUUGAAAGCUACUAAGGGGCUGAGUUGAACAUUUGCAACAGAAACACUGUCGCCCCUAAUGUUUAUUUUGGAGCUUUUUAGAGUCUGUAUUUUGGCCCCUUUUGAACUAUUGAGCUGGAAAAGCAAAGGAAUGGGGUUUUGGGCCGUUCCGGCAGCACCUGGUAAAUUCCAGCUGGGAAGCAGUGAAGGAGCUGUCCAAGCUGGGCCUGAACAGCGGCAUGGAGGUGGAGCUGCGGAUUCUUCAACUGCCUGUAGAUUACAGGGAGGUGAAGCAGAGGGUCACCAGAAUCUGGGAGGAUCUUCAACCACAACUCGCGGUGCACGUGGGCCUGGACGCCUCGGCCAAGGCCAUCCUCCUGGAGCGGCGCGCCAAGAACCGCGGCUACCGGGACGCCGACGUCCGGGGCUUCCGGCCGGCGCGCGGGGAGUGCCUUCCGGGCGGCCCGGAAGUGGUCGCGUCCGGGGUCAUCGCGAGGGCGGCGAGCCAGCGCGCGGCCCCGGAGGGCGUGGCCGUGGCCGUUUCUGGAGAUGCCGGCAGAUACGUCUGCGAGUACACCUACUACCUGUCUUUGCAUCAUGGAAAUGGACGCGCGGCACUCAUCCACGUGCCUCCGUUAUCCCAUUGGCUCCCAGCCAGCGUGCUGGGAAAAGCCCUGCAAGUCAUCAUCCAGGACAUGCUGGAGGAGAUGAGAAAGCCUGAGCUCAAAGCCUGGUUUGCAGAAAACUCAACCUCGGUGAUUCCAGCCCAGGGGGGCCAGUUGGGGGAUUGCCUCUUUAGAGAAAAUUAAAUGUUUCAAUCUUGUGUGCAGAGUUCAACUGUGCUUUAAGAGACUUUUAAAAAAUGGCUUGUAAAACCUUUUACACAGAGGAAGAAAGCUCUGAAUUAGCCCAAAGAAAUCACAAAGGGUUAUUUUAUUGUCAGAAGAAAGAAGAACACUCAAAGGCAGACAUUUCACAAGGGAUUAACUAGCUUCAGUUAUGGUUUUCUUGACAAUAAAAUGAAAUCCUAGUAAUUUUUUUUUUUUCUUUUAAAACUGUGUAGGAGCCAGUGUGAUCCUGCCCAGAUUGCCAAAGCCACAGACCUGUUGGGCAGAGCUGUAUGUGAUGGGUUGAUCUGUGACCAGCUCGCCAGGGGGAAAUACAGAGUUGUGAACAUCCGGUGAAACCAUUCCAUCAGUGAUGAAUGCAUCCUGUACAGACACACCCAAGUGCGGGCUUGUAGCUGGACCUGUAAGGGAAAAACCACCUACAGAAGACAAAAACAAGAGGACACCAACAACUCGGACAGUUUAAACAAAACCCUUAUAACCAGCUGAAUGAUCUGUAGAAAUCCAGUUGUGGAAACCGGUAGGUAUGUGCAAAAGAGGAGCGGCCACUAUUCCAAGGGGUCAUCUACAGUGUGGAAGAAGAAAACCCUGAUCCAACAGUAUUUCUCAGUGACCUUAAGAUGCCAGGGGCCUUGGGAAGAGAGCAUAGUGUUCUCGCAGGAGGAAGAGUGCUCCUGAGCUUCACUGCAGUACUGGAACUGAAAGGAGCCAUCCACACUUUGGGAAAACCCCCACCAUGUUUCCCAGAUAGAGUCACCAGUGCCUGUGAGAGCAGCUGCUGGAAUUGGGACAUGUGCCGUCCACCCCUGUGAGCAGCAGGAGGACGGGAUGAAGGCACAGCUCCGGCGGGUCGCACACCACCCCAGCAGGAGGCUGGGCGCCGACCACCGGCCCCCCCUAUCCAGCCUGGAGGUUUGGUCUCUGUUUUCCCCUGGGGGAGGAGGAGGUGAGGGUGAAGUGGAUGAACAAUCUGGAGAGAGGGGGACUUGUCUUCUCUGUACAUCCUGAAUGGGACUGGCUAGCAGAUCAGGAACCUCUGCAUUCUCCAGCAGGAGGCCUGGCGGACUGAGCUCUCAAGAGUACUGACGUGGCUGCACCAUAAGAUGGACCCAGCGCAAUGACAUCCUGUCCCCACCUGGAGCAGGCCUGGGCCACGCCACCGUGGCACCUUGCCAGGGAAAAAACUAUGGAACAGAGGCUAGAGAAUAUUGUAGGACUGAAGCUCCAGACAAGCAGAAACGCACUAUGCACUUGCUUUCUCGUGUUUAAUCUCCAGUCACAACUAGUAAUCCUCAUAUUUUAGCUUUGUUCUUACUCAUAAUUUAAACAUUUCCAUCCCAGAAGCAACUUGUGCGCUGUCAUCACUCUGGUGAGAAGUGCUAAAAACUAAACAAAACAAGACCCCCAGGCCCCCGAAGACUUGGAUUCCUGGCCAAGGAAAAGCAGGCCAGGCUGGGGCCCUGGUCCCCUGGGAGCGAGCAGAGGGGCUCCCCAGCCACUGCGGCUCUGCGCUCACCCCGACCCAGCCCUCUGGCCACGGACAUGGGGGGCAGUGGGAGGCUGGUUGACAGCCUGGAGGAGGCGGCUGCCCCUGCACACCCUGCGCCCCCUGCAGUGCCAAGGAGGUGCCUGGGGAUUUUCUGGUUCUAAAGACAGGUAGGUUGGUCAGGAGGGUGGUGGCGGAAGCCCUGCUCCACUGCACCCUUGGACUCAGCAGCUCUUUUUCGUGGGAUGGGAAGGAUUAAAUAUCCAUUUUAAAAAAAUGAAAAAAAAAAAA